UUUCCGGCUGUUGUUGACAACUACAUAACCUCUUGCUCACAUGGAUAAUUUAGAAAUGAACGAAUUUUCAAAAUUAGCAUUACUUCAAGUCGUUAAAACGGCUUUAGACAGCUUAGAUAGUUCAUCAGAUGAAGAAGAUCUGGAAACGCUACAAAAAUCAAUGUUUAGUUCGUCAUCGAGCAGCGAGGAUGAUUUAGAACAAGUCAGAAAGGCCGCUGGAGCCGCGUUACUUGGCGAAUUGAGAGGUCCACAGAUAAAGAGGCCCCGUAUUGAGGGCUUUGUUGAAAAUACAAUUCCCAGAUACUCUCCUGAGGAGUUUAAGUCCCAUUUCAGAUUAUAUCCUGCAACAUUUGAGUAUGUGUUAGAGCUUCUGGAGCCCCGUCUGAGUAGGCAGGGACAAACAGGGCGGCCCCAGACACCAGCUCGGACUCAGCUACUGAUGGCCUUGUGGAUGAUGGCCACUCCAGAUUGCUACAGAUCUGUUAGCACAAAGUUUAAUAUCGGGAAGGCUACCAGCAUCCGCGUUAUGCGCAGAGUGGCAAAGGCCCUUCACGAAAUUGCGCCUCGCUUUAUCCAGUGGCCACAGGGUGAACGGGCGGCUGAGGUCAUGUCAGCUUUUGAGCGUAACAGUGCUUUCCCAGGUGUGAUAGGAGCCAUUGAUGGGACGCAUGUUGAGAUCCUGAAUCCGCCUGAUGAUGUUCACCAAGCGUAUGUGAACAGGAAGGGUUAUCCUUCAAUCCAACUGCAGGCUGUUUGUACUCAUGAUUUAAUAUUUACGAGUGUUUAUGCUGGUCAUGCAGGGUCAGUGCAUGAUGCGAGAGUGUUCAGACUCUCUCCAGUGGCUCAAUUUGUGGGGAAUCCUAAUAUUUACUUUCCCAAUGACUCUCACAUUGUUGGAGAUGCGGCAUACGGUAUUCACCCUCACAUUAUGGUGCCAUUCAAAGAUAACCAUCAUUUGUCAGCCAGACAAAAAAAUUUCAACUAUUGUUUGUCAUCAGCUAGAGUUUCAAUUGAAAGGGCAUUUGGUCUUUGGAAGGCAAGGUGGAGGAGUGUCCUUGAUUGUUUGCCUAUGGUCAAGAUUGAAAAAAUACCCGAGUAUUUAGUGGCUACGAUGGUUCUCCACAAUAUAUGUGUCAUGAGGGAUGAUAUGGUAGAAUUUGAGCCUCUACCAUUUGAAGGUAAUCGUGGCAUCUUAGUUGCUGGUCAUGCGAUUGAAGGUGGAUUGAAAAGACAGCGGCUAAUGAAUACCCUUAUCAUGAGAGAUAACUGAAUGCAGGUAUCAUGAUGUGAAAUAUGGGGUGCUUAUAAUUGUAUUAAGUUUAUUAGUAAUUCAAAAAAAAAUUACUUUACAAAACAUGAAAUAUAAAAAGUUUGUCUAGAAACGCUU